AUGAAACGAGAAGAACACGAGACGUGCCGCCAUGGCAACCGCUGUUUACGUCACGUGAGCACACCGCCACGAACGGCGCUGAUUGGCCGCCGUCGCCCAGUCACAUUCCCAUGCACGGCGGGCUUCACGUGGUUGGUUGCGGCAGGCGGUGGGUCAGACGAUUGGCCCCUCCCUCUUGCCCAGCCUCCCCGUCGCCUGCCAGGCACACCACCUCAGAAACCCUCAAGUCGGAGUAUAUCACCAUCUGCUGGCGACCUUAUGCCAACUACAUUCCUCCCUCCUCUUCUCUCGCCUUUCCAUACCGUGAUCCCUUCAUACGUGGAAGAGCUAUCAUCGCAUCGUUCUGCGGUAACUCUCGCUAUCCGAGAGAGAAUUGUGGACAAGGCCUACUCAACACAACAUUGGUCGCUGUUCUGUCACUCUCUCACACCCAUGUCUCAAGAUUCAGAGAUUCGGUCUCAGGCCUCUUUGGCUCCUGCAGCUGAAAUCCUCAUCCCAAGUACGCCUCCGCGGCGAUCCGUUCUUUCGGCAUCCCCGGAUUUAAAAACAGUGCGGGAGCGCAAUGGCAGCUUAUCAGACAAGAAUGGUGGUGGCUUCUGCUCGCCACAACACGCAUCAUCGUCUGAAAUGACACCACCUCCCUCUUCUCAGACCCGUGCACCACCCCGUCGACGAUCAAGAUCAGGCUCGGGGUCCCGCGUGGUUGUCCCCGCUUCUCCCCCAAACGAGUCUCUAGAAAAAUCACUUUAUGCUGCUUAUGGCGCUGCUGAAAACCUACCCACGGCCGAGGACAUUGAUGCUGCCGAUGAAUUGCAAGUUCGAAAAAUCGCUAAAGACUUGUUAUCCAUAGCGCAGGAAGCGCGAAUGUCCGCCUUGCAUUUCAAAUUACAGAACAGCCUUCUAUCAUUCACAAGUAAUGAAGCAAUCAAGCGUGCCGAAGUUGAGCAACAACUUGCUCGCAGAGAAGUUGAAAUUUUACAGAGCUCAGAGUACCAAAACCGCCGCGCCAUUCCACAUUCACAAACACCUCAAAUUUGCCCCAGUCCAAAAUCAGAGGCCUCUUUGAAGCGAAUUGCUGAGCUCGAGAACAUCAACGUCAGACUGGAAGAGAGAUUGUCCAAUGCGAAGAAACUGAUUCAAGAAAAGAUUGACGAAGGCAACAACAAAAAUGAGUCUUUAAUAGAAGAAAACCGUCUACUCAAGAAGCGUAUCAGAGACAACCGCGAGCAUUUGACAAUGUUCCUCGAUGCUGGUUCUUUGUCACCAGCUUCUCGCGCCGAAUUCAGCACCCCUCAAAGAAAGGCUCAGCCUCGUAUGUUUGAUAGUGCACGCACACACACCAGCAGUCGCGGUGGCAGCCAUGAUGCUUUUGCCACUCUUUUGGCUGCUGAUCGCGUGCUACACGGCGACUCUACAAAUGUGUCUCCGAACAGAAAUCGUCAACACAGGAACGGCCACAUAGGAGGUGCUCAUGUCAGAGGAGCUCAUUCCAUGUCGUCCCUACCAGUGACCCCUCAACGCUAUACACAUAUUCACGAAUCUCAAUACAUCACACCCGGCAGCAGAACACAUGAAGAUGCCAGAAAAGAUACUUUUGAUCCCGAGGACAACCGUCAUGACCGUGAUAGCACUAUUUCGGUGUCUGAUGCGGACGAAGUAGUUACCGACGAGGAUAUCCCAGCGUCUCAGGCCAGUUCUCGCGCGACUGGCAUGCUCCGCCGUCUACCAGAGCUUAGUCAAGAACCCUCCAAACAGCAACAGUCCGCUCGCAGCAAUAUUGGCAAAUCAAGCACGCUACUGCAGACAAAGCUAUUUGGACAAGUGAGAAAAGCCGGCGUUGAUCGAUCCGGUCCAGCAUCUCAGAAACGUAAGGGAUCCUUUGUCGAAGAGGGCGCUGCACUAAAGAAACCUAAGGAUGUUGGCUUGGGUAUCAGUAGCUGGAAGGUGUCUCCUGCCUAA